CCAAGAGGUGUCGCCUUAACCACGGUUUAGAUUAACCCGUCACCUAGGACCUCCUCGAGUUAAGCUCGGAGGCCAAGGGAGAAAGAAAAGAAAAGAAAAAAAACGAAAAAAAAAGAGAGGACGAACGCAUCGCGCCACCGGCCGCGGCGGGAGAGGCGUACGGCGCACCGGCCGGCCGUCGGAUCUGCGCCGGCGACGCGUCCCCCCGCCGGAUCCUCGCGGCCCGGAGGCGGACGUACGUGGCGGCGCCCCGGAUCCGUCCCGCCGGAUAUUUGCUGCUCAGUUAUGCGAUAAAAUUCUUCCAGUUGAUGUGGAGUUGGUGGAGACGGCUUUCUCUAUAAUCUGCUUACCAUUGCUCAACAGGGUUCAGCUGGAAGAUUGUGCCUUUCUUCCUCUUGCUGCCUGUUUGUUUGCUUCCUUGGCGGAGUAGUCAAGAGGAGGAAGGCAAGAAGCAGAUAAAGUGCUUAAAGGCAGCUCCUUUCAGCCACUCUAUGUCCAGGGACUUGGAUUGUCCUGUUCAGACACAGAUGGCUGUUGCGGUACUGGAUCGGAGCUUCAGCAGUGAAUAUCCUUCGAGCAGCAGAAAUGAGGGGAGAUCAUGCAGUUGGAAGCGAGUAUUUGUCCAAACUGACAAAGGUUCUGUUCUGGGCAUUGAACUGGAGAGGGGAGAAAAUGCACAUACUGUGAAAAAGAAGCUCCAGGUUGCCUUCCAGGUACCCACAGAGGAGAGCUCACUGAUCUUUGGUGAUCUGGUUCUGAAUAAUGAUCUCAGCAGUGUUCGCAAUGACUCGCCACUGCUCCUCAGGAAGAAUCAGAUGCAUCGGAGCAGCUCCACUCCUUGUCUCUCACCUACUGGGCAUGAUGCGCAGCAGCAAGAUCAGAGUGAACCCAUUGCAAUCCUUGGAUACUCGAGCGCCUCUUCUCAGAUGAAGCAGCUUGCUAAGGAUGUUAUGAAAGCCAUAAGGAAUGGUGUUGACCCGGUACCUGUUAAUAGUGGCAUGGGUGGUGCCUACUACUUCAAGAACAUUAAUGGGGAACGUAUUGCAAUUGUCAAGCCAACUGAUGAAGAACCGUUUGCUCCAAAUAAUCCUAAAGGUUUUGUGGGAAAAAUCCUUGGAGUGCCAGGCCUCAAAAGAUCUGUCCGGGUUGGUGAGACUGGGCUCCGAGAGGUUGCUGCUUACCUUCUUGACUAUGAUAACUUUGCAAAUGUCCCACCCACCAUGCUGGUCAAGAUCACACACUCUGUGUUCAAUGUCAACGACACUGUUGGCCGCAAAAGUAAAGUCUUCCACAACAAAUCGCAGGCUGUGAGCAAGCUUGCAUCAUUGCAGCAAUUUAUUGCUCAUGAUUUUGAUGCUAGCGACCAUGGGACAUCAAGCUUCCCUGUAUCUGCAGUGCACAGGAUUGGCAUACUUGACAUCAGAAUCUUCAACACGGAUAGGCAUGCGGGAAAUCUUCUGGUUAGGAAGCUUGGCCCUGGUGCUGACAAUUUUGGAGUGCAGACCGAACUCAUUCCUAUUGAUCAUGGUCUUUGUCUUCCAGAAUGUCUAGAAGACCCAUACUUUGAAUGGAUCCACUGGCCACAAGCAUCCAUUCCUUUCACCGAGGAGGAACUUGAUUACAUUGCAAAUCUGGAUCCUGUAAAAGAUGCUGAAAUGCUUCGCAUGAGGCUGCCCUUUAUCCGUGAAGCAUGUCUGAGGGUACUGAUGCUAUCAACAACAUUUCUCAAAGAUGCUGCAGCAUAUGGCCUCUGCUUGUCAGAGAUAGGAGAGAUGAUGAGCAGGCCGUUCACUGGGAAAGAAGAGGAGCCAAGCGAGCUUGAGCUUCUCUGUAUGGAGGCAAGGAAGUUGGUCGAGGACAGAGAGCUGUUUCUUCCAGAAGUUAGAGUUGAAGAUGACGAUGAUGGCGUCACCCAGUUCUCUCUCGACAAUGAGGAUGUUUCAGAUGAAUUUGAAUUACCAUCUUUCAGCAAGUUUGGGCCCAUGAAGGCUAAUCACAGUAAUCCACUAUCAAAGUUAGAUGAGUGCGAUGAGGAAGAUGAUGAAGUGGAGGAGGAUGAAGAGGAUGACGAUGAUGAGCAGGUGAUCAAGUAUGAUGCUUUCAACUUGAAAAAUCCGUUCUCUAAGCAGAUUCCUUCAGUCUCAAAGUUAUCAGCAUCGUUCAAGGGGCUCGGUUUCCUUGGGAAAGCUAGAGCGUACCGCAAAGGUGUUCCCAAGAGCAAGCUGAUUGCUAAAACUAACUAUAGUGGCAAAGGUAGUGAGCAUCAGUCUGGUAGCAGGAGUGCCAAUGAGCUUCUCCCUCCCAGCGCCAGUUUUGUGAAGCUGUCAGACAUGGGCCCCGAGGAGUGGAGUGCAUUCCUCGACAAGUUGAAGGAGCUGCUCCCGAGCGCUUUCCGAGCCCGGAAGCACACCGCUGCUGGUGGCCCUCGUCCGUUGCAGAGGCUGGGCACUUCUUGCCAGUUUUGAAACUAGUAGUAGAAGAAGCAGCUUUACACCAAGGUAAUGUAGAUGGAACCCAGAGGUGUUCAGCAGCAGCAGCAGCUAGCGGCAGCUCUCUACGCUUGUACUAGGUGUCUGUUCUCGGAGAGGAUAUAGAGGUGGUUCGGGAAUAAGACCGUCCUUGACAUACAUGAGCUUUGCAGGAGGGUGUGUUGUGUUUGUGCAUAGCUUUGACAUGUGUUGGGUUGUUCUUUCAUCUGUACAUAUAUGAGUACCUCGCAAUACCGGGCUCGACCUCGGCCUGUGCCAGCGCCACCUGGUAGUGGUGAGUGUGCCGGCACCGCCGGUGUACCGGUCAUGCCACUGUACCAUUUUGAAGACGCUUACCAUAAUAUGCACCUGGAUGCUACUGCAGA